CUGCUCCCCAUAUACAUCUUGCUCAAAAUGCUCGCACAGACAUCCACUCCCCCCCAGUCCAUCUCCCCGGAACAGCACGCCCAGCUCACCUCCUCCACCCCUGCAAGCUUCACCGACAUACCCCCAGUGCUCAGGUGGGAGGACGAUGCCGAAGUCGAGCUUUCUUCUCUGAGCGGUGGAUGGGAGGCGUGGGGGUCACAGGGUACCAAGGUUGGAGGAAGGCUUUAUGUGACGGAAGAGUCUGUCGCAUUCAUCCCCUCUGCCUCUGCUACCCCAGGCUUCAACCUCCCUUACGUCUCCCUCACCCUCCACGCCCUGACUCCAGCAAGUGCCAACGGACCUGCGCACUUGUAUUGCCAAGUAGACGAGUCAGACGCUCCCGCGAGCGACGCCAUUCAGGUGGAUGCUCCUGUCAACGGAAAUGGGGCUGUCAACGGGGAAGCAGAGGAUGAAGAUGAGGAUGAAGGAGUGGAAGGCGAGGAAGAGUUUACGGAGAUGAGGGAAGUCAGAAUAUAUCUGCCGGAUGCUUCCAAGCUCGAACCCCUCUUCGCAGCCCUCUCCCAAUGCUCAGCUCUCCACGCAUCCCUCCUCCCCAACGGCGAGCCUUCCAACUUUUUCGGCUUUGGCGCUGAUGACUCUGACGACGAGGGCGAGGACGGGCAGUGGGAUGAUGCAGACGAGGAGGGACAGGAUGAAACUGGGAGGGUGAGGAGCGAUUUCCAUAGUGGCGGAGGACCUGGCGCGAGGUUCAGGCCAUAUUAAAUGAAGGGAUGGAAGGCUGAUCAUAUGUACUUUUCUUGCCGAUUCACGCUCGCCUCAUUGCCGCCACCACCUUCACGCCAUUUUCCACAAUCAGAUUGACAAGAGGAUCAAGGUCGCAACAGCUGAGAAGGUCGAGGACAAGAAGGCGGGGGAUGAAGAAGGAGAAGUGGUGGAUCAGAUGGAGCGGUUCUUGAAUAUGGUGGAUUGGGGAAAUGUGGAAAAGCCCAAGGGCUGGGAUGAGGCUGCUUGAUGAUAUUUGUAACGCCAUGUACAGAUUGCAAGA